UAUAUAUGUGCCCUAGAAGUCUUAGAACCAUGUGCAUGUAUAGUAGUAGAGUAGCUACUAGUAAAAGAAAAGACAAAUAAUGCAUACUGUACUGGUACACGGUGCUUGCCACGGGGCAUGGUGCUGGUACAAGCUGAAGCCGCUGCUCGAGGCGGCCGGCCACCGCGUGACGGCGGUUGACCUGGCCGCUUCCGGCGUUGACCGGAGAAGUCUGGAGGAGCUCCGCAGCCUUGCCGACUACACGCAGCCGUUACUGGAACUGAUGGCCUCGAUUCCGCCGCACGAGAAGGUGGUGCUGGUGGGGCACAGCCUUGGCGGGAUGAAUCUCGGCCUUGCCAUGGAUAUGUAUUCCGACAAGAUUAGCGUAGCUGUUUUUGUUGCAGCUUUCAUGCCUGAUUGCACUAAUCCACCCUCUUACGUUUUGGACCAGUAUUGCGAGCGAACUCCCGCAGAAGAAUGGUUAGACACUGAGUUCUCGUCCAAACAAGACCUUACUUCAAUGUUUUUCGGCCCCAAAUUCAUCUCGUCAAAACUUUACAAUCUCUGUCCUCCCGAGGACGUGGCAUUAGCAAAUAUGUUGCUAAGGCCAAGCUCACUAUUCCUUGAAGAUUUGUCAAAGAAGAGUGCAUUCUCAAAACAAGGGUUUGGUUCUGUGGAGAGGGCCUACAUAGUGUGCACACAAGACAAGGCUAUUCCGGUAAAUUUCCAGCGCUGGCAGAUAGAAACAAACGGAGUGGCAAUAGUAAAAGAAAUUGAGAACGCAGAUCACAUGGCUAUGCUCUCAACCCCACAACAACUCUGCCAAUGUCUCCUUGAGAUAGCAAAUAAUUAUAUUUAAUAAUUUCUGCUUAUAUAAAUAAAUGUAUCUCAUAUUUUACAGACUAAAUAUAUUUUCCAGAAUAAAUAUAUAUGUCAAACAAUAAAUGUGUUAUUUCCAAUUGAAAGAAUAUAUUUUAGACUAUUUUAGCUAUAUUAUAUUAGCUAAAAUAUUAA